AUGCUAAUCGCGGGAGGCGUCCCCAGCGCCAAGGCUGGGUGCUGCCGCCGCCACAAUCGCCGAAGAAAAGAGAAAAGUUCGGUACGUGAGCGAAGCGACGCGAGCCAGCGGUGGGCCCACCCCUUGCCUCCACUGGCCAGCAGCGCCGCGUGCUCCUUGGCGCCGAGACGCUCCCUAGGCGCAGCCCUGUUCUCGUGGAGCGCGGUGGCGCUGCUUUCCCCAAGCGCGGCCCCUGGCCCGUCAAGGAACGGCAGCAAUGGAGUACCUCAGAAAGGAGAUCUUAGUACCCUGGGAGAGCAGCUAUUUGGAACAUCAGUUUAUAACUCUUCAUCUACCACAGUACCUUCUUCCAAGGAAAGACGAUUUCGCAGCACAAUCUGUGAAUCAUCUAAUUCAUUGACAUGCUUUAAUGGAGGCGAGUGUGUGCAUUGGCAGUUGUGUGACUGUAGUCGAUAUAAUGCAACUGGAUCAAGAUGUCAAAUAGUACACAACACAGGAGCAGAACGAGACAACAUUUGCCGAACGUGGGGACAAUACCAUUAUGAAACCUUUGAUGGCCUCUACUACUUUUUCUCUGGAAAAUCAACGUAUGCUCUAGUCAGGCAGAAUGAAUUAGAUGAACAGAGCUUCUCUAUACAAGUCCAUAAUGAUCCAGAAUGCAAAUCUUCUCCUUAUUCCUGUAAACGAUCUGUUAGUUUAUACUUUUCUGGAGAUGGAGAAAUCAGAUUAAGUAGUGAGGUCACUUACAAAGGAAUUGGAAUGCAGUUACCAUAUACCAUAGGGAACUUGUAUAUCCAAAAAGUUUCUGGAUAUGUGAUUGUAAGACACCAAUAUGCAUUCUCUCUGGCUUGGGAUGGUACAUCCGCUGUUUAUAUAAAGAUGGCUCCUGACUAUUUGGGCAAAACACAUGGAUUGUGUGGUAACAACAAUGCUAUUCUGCAAGAUGAGCUAGCCACUAGUUAUGGAAAACUUACAGAAGACAUUGAAGAGUUUGUGGAAAGCUGGAGAGAAAAUCCUCCCCAAGAGAAUCUUGUCUCCUGGGAUACCUCAUUUAACUAUAAGCCACCUUGUCUGACUCAAACUCAAGGAUUUUUACAGAGGACAUACACAUUAUGCAGCAUGCUGCUCUGGCCCCCCUUCAAAGAAUGUCAUGACUUUGUGAGCCCAUUUCCUUUCAUGGCAAGUUGUACAAAUGACCUAUGCAUGUCAGAGGCAGACGAUGCAACUUGGUGUCGAGCAUUAACUGAAUAUGCAAGGACCUGUGCUCAAGCAGGAAAGCCUCUCCAUGAGUGGCGGGCACAAUUUGAGCAAUGUGUUGUUAAAUGUGAGGAGCAGCUUGUCUACAAUGAAUGCAUUGACUGUUGCCCAGUUUCAUGUCAGCAAAAAAUGCAUUGUGUUGACAGUGAACUUCCAUGUGUCGAUGGAUGCUAUUGUCCAGAUGGGCUCAUUUAUGAAAACAGAUUAUGUGUAAGACCUACUGAAUGCCCUUGUGAAUAUCAUGGAACUAUCCACAAAACUGGUGCUUUAAUUCAUGAAGAAUGCAACAACUGUACAUGUUUUGGAGGAAAAUGGAUUUGCACAAAUCUGACCUGUCCAGCUGAAUGUUCAGUCUCGGGAGAUAUUCACUUCAUGACGUUUGAUGGACGCAAGUAUACUUUUCACGCUACUUGCCAGUAUAUUCUGGCAAAAAGCCUCACCUCUGGCAAAUUUGCUGUGACUCUGCAAAAUGCUCCUUGUGGACAGAAUCAAGAUGGAGCAUGUAUCCAAUCAGUCAGUCUUAUUCUCAAUCAAGAUUCCAAGAGGCAAGUGACUCUGACCCAUUCAGGAGAUGUUUUGGUAUAUGAUCAGUACAAAGUUAAUCUACCUUACAUUGAUGAUUCUUUUGAAAUAAGGAAGCUUUCCUCUGUAUUUUUGCAAAUAAAGUCAUAUAUUGGAUUACAAAUACUUUAUGACCAGGAGGGUUUGAGACUCUAUCUCAAAGCUGAUGCUAGAUGGAAAGAUGAUACUAUAGGCCUCUGUGGAACCUUUAAUGGAAACACUCAAGAUGACUUUUUAUCUCCAGUUGGAGUCCCAGAAAGUACACCUCAGCUUUUUGGAAAUUCCUGGAAAAUAUCAUCAGCCUGUGGUUCUGAGCAUGAUAAUUCACCAAUGGAUCCAUGUGAUGUUCAUCUUCAAGCAGCUGCUUAUGCAACAGAAGCCUGCAGCAUCAUUACGAAAGAACUCUUUGCCCCAUGCUAUUCCUAUCUGAGUCCUCUUCCCUAUUUUGAACAGUGUAGAAGAGAUACCUGUAAAUGUGGGCAGAUCUGUAUGUGCUCCACUCUGUCCCAUUACGCCCACCUGUGCCACAGAUUUGGAGUGGUGAUAGACUUUCGGAGUAAUGUCUCAGAAUGUGCUCUUUCAUGUGAAGAUACAAAGGAGUACAGUACCUGUGUAUCUACCUGUGGCAGUACCUGCCAAGCAUUCUCCAUGCCAGAGACGUGCAGCGAUGAUUGUGUUGAAGGCUGCACCUGUCCCCCUGGAAUGUAUCUGAACAUCAAAACUGACAGAUGCGUGCAACAAAAUGAAUGUCCCUGCUAUUUUCAAGGUAUUGACUACCCACCUGGAGAAAAUAUAAUCACAUCUUUUGGAAAGUGCCAUUGCAGAGAUGGGAUGAUGAACUGUGAGGAAGACAACAUUGCUCAUGACUGCCCAGAUGACCAAAUCUAUGUAAACUGUAGUAAUCCACAAACCAUGGAACUUGGCUGGGAGAGAACAUGUGAAAAUCAACUGCUAAACUUCACUGCCUCUGCACAUCUUCCUUGCUUUUCAGGAUGCAUGUGCCCGCAUGGCCUUGUUAAACAUGGUGAUGCAUGUUUCAAGUCAGAUGAAUGCCCAUGUACUUGGAAAGGCAAAGAGUACUUUCCUGGAGACAAAGUAAUUUCUUCUUGCCAUACCUGCAUCUGCCUUCAUGGGUCAUUUCAAUGCAGUUUCCACCCUUGCCCAUCAAUGUGUACAACAUAUGGAGAUCGCCACUACAGAACUUUUGAUGGUCUUUCUUUUGAUUACAUUGGAAAUUGUAAGGUUUAUCUGGUUAAGAGUUCAUCAGUGACUAGUUUCUCAAUCAUCAUAGAAAAUGUUAACUGCUUUAAUACUGGAAUCAUUUGCAGAAAGUAUAUUUUCAUUAACAUUGGAAAAUCAUUCAUAAUAUUUGAUGAUGACACUGGGGAUCCGAGUCCAUUGAGUUACAUAGACAAACAACAGCAAAUAUAUAUAUGGAAAGCUGGAUUUUUCACACUUGUUCAUUUUCCUAAUGAACACAUCACAGUAAUGUGGGAUCAAAGAACAACUGUUCAUGUAGAAACAGGCCCUCAAUGGCAGGGUGCGCUGUCUGGAUUAUGUGGAAAUUUUGACUCAAAAACAAUAAAUGAAAUGAGAACUCCAGAAAAUUUUGAGUUAACAAAUGCACAAGAAUUUGGGAGUAGCUGGGCAGCUGUAGAGUGUGUUGACAGCUCUGACAUUCGGCACCCAUGCAUUUUAAAUCCACUCAGAGAACCAUUCGCCAAGAAAGAAUGUGGAAUUCUAUUAAGUGAAAUAUUUGAGUCUUGCCAUCCAGUGGUUGAUGUCACCUGGUUUUAUUCAAACUGUUUGGCAGACACAUGUGGUUGUAACCAGGGAGGAGAUUGUGAAUGUUUCUGUACAAGUGUUUCAGCCUAUGCACAUCAAUGUUGUCAACAAGGAGUUACAGUAGACUGGAGAUCUCCUAGACUGUGUCCUUAUGAUUGUGAAUAUAUCAAUAAAGUACUGGGAAAGGGUCCCUACAAGCUGGUCAGCUACUUGGACAGAGAAAUUGCAAUUGCAGCCAAACUGCCUGGUGGCUCUGUUUUUCUAGCAAGAGGAGAUGGCUUUGUUCCUGGGGAUGCAGUGAACUUUAUGCUGACGUCAGGACUGUAUAAGCCGAAAGCACAUGAUCCAAACCUGGUUUCAUUUGAAGCAGUUGACAGACCAAAUUACUUUCUUUCGUUAGCUUCCAAUAAUAGCCUGGUUCUUUCUAAGUGGGAGAGAAAUGAAACUUUUCAGAAUAGAUCAACAUUUGCCAUCCACAAAAACACAUGGCUCCCAGGCUACAGUUCUUUUGAGUCAUUUGCAGUGCCGGGUGCCUUCAUCCACAUUUCAGCUUCCACUGUGAAUAUUGUUAAAUAUCAUCACACUAAGGCAUUCAGACUUUCUACACUUUUUAAACUUGUAGAUACCAAGUUUCAGUUUCUAGCCCACUCAACAUGUGAAUGGCGUUAUGAUGUCUGUACAAGCCCUUGUUUCAAAACCUGCAGAGAUCCCUUGGCAGAACAUUGUCAGACUGUACCAAAAGUGGAAGGAUGUGUUCCUAUGUGUCCUUUGAAUAUGGUUCUGGAUGAAGUCACUCAAAGAUGUGUCUAUUUUGAAGACUGCAUUGAACCGGCAACGGAAGUUCAUAUUCCACCAUCCACUUUAAAGACACAUGCCACUUCUGUGGCUCCUCAAACGUCUGCAGCAGUUUUGAGUAAAGAAAUAACAUCAUCUCCAGGGCUGGCAUCAAAAGACAGGGAAACAACGCAUGCAUUGAAGUGGCAAUUCAGUUCAACCAUAGAAACAUCUAAAUUUUCUACUCUUUUGUUGCCAAAUAUUACAUUCAUAGCCACAUCUGCAACAUCUAAUGUUUCAACACAUUCAACUUUUCGUACAAGUGCAAUGCCAAUAUUUUCACACCCAAUAUCUGAUGAUAGUAUCCCUUUUGUAGAUGAUGUUCCUCCAUCAACAACUGCAAUAGUUACAGGCACUUUGCCUGGUAAACAAACUAGUAGUACAACAAUCUCUUCAAUACCAUCAGUAUCUAUAACCACCAAAACAGAAGAGAAACUAAUUUCUACUCCAACUAUUAUUGUGACACCAUCCAUUAUUACAGAUGAUAAAUCACCAGCCACAACUAGAGCAGUAUCAGAAACACAAGUAUCAGCCACCACAGAGGAAACAGAAAGAACAGUUGAAAGUAUUACAGAAGACAAACCUUCUUUCAUAGUGACAUCAAGAACAGAAAGAACAAGCCAGUUUUUUACCAAAGCCACAUUGCCAUCUUUGGAAAUAUCUUCCCAUUUGCCCACAGAGAAUCACACAACAACUUCAGAUAGAACAAAGCUGGAUGUGAGUCAAGUGUCUAUAACGGAUGCCAGUGUGACUGUAACUUCAUUUCCACCUUUAUUUACUUCUUUGUCAACACUAAAGCCAGUUGUGAAGCCAGUUACUUCAGAAACAACAAAAACAACAGUUGCUUUAAUCAAAGAAGGAAUUAAAACCACAUUUAUUUCAGUACCUCCAGCACUUACACAACGAACCACCACAAUCCCUACACAUCUAAGUGUUUUACUUUUUUCUACAGUUAAAAAAGAGAUCGCACAAACAACAUCAAGUGUUACACAUCAACCAAGUUCAUAUUUUUCUGUAUAUUUAAGUACAACCUCAAGGCCUGGUAUUUUUUCUUCCAAACUCCCUGGAGUACCUGAUACAACUUCUCCAACUUUAAUAGACUCAAAAGAAUUGACAAGUGAAUAUUCACAGUUGGUUCAGCCAAACAUUACAAAGGCUGUAACUGCUUUACACACUCAAUAUCCUGCUUCAUCUCAUACCGUAAGAAUUACACCUCUCUCUACAAAAGCAAGUUCUGAAAUGACAACACCUGCAGAAUCAUCAACACCUAUUUCAGUCUCCCAUAAAACAUCUACAGAAUACAAACCGCCUUUAUCCUUGAAAACUACAAAGAUAAGUUUUGAACUAGAUUCUGUUGGUGUGACAAAAUCAGAAACAACAGAAUCCGAUUUUACUAGAGAACCCACAGCCAUGGUUGUCCCAGUUUCAUUGGUAACUGAAAAAAUUGAACCAGUUCAAACAACUAGAUAUCCAUUUACUCUACAUGCUAUGGCUGAUACAAAAAAAGUAACAGUAUAUCUUGGCACAACAAAGUCAGAAAAAACUGACUCUACUACUCCGCUACCAGUGUCCAUUUCUACAGCAGUGAUAUCAAAGGGAGUCACUGGUCCAGUGCCUUUAUCACCUGAACCUCAGGUUACCAUGGCAGCUACCCAUAUUCCAAUAAGAGCAAAGACAACAUCAAUGUUUUCAGUGUUGCCCCUUACAACAGAGCUACCAAGCACAGUAACCUCAAGAUCAACUUCAGAAUUUACAAUAAAAGAAACUUUACAUGACACUGGUGUUACUUUGUCCCCAUACACUAAAUAUAGCAGCCAGUCGUCAACUGUUGCAGAAGUAACAUCAACCGAAGGAAUAUCAACUCCCUCUUCCUCCGUUACUCUUCCUUUAACAACACUUGCUACCACAGAGACAACAAUUCACCCAGAUACUUUAACACAAAAAAUACCUGAAAUAGCAGCCACUACAAAACUGCCAACUGAGACAAUAAAAUUGUCAAUGACUUCAAAUGCUACAUAUUCUGUUCAUACUUCUCCGAUGGAAGGGAUUUUGACCUAUGUGAAAGAGCAAUCCACUGUUCCAUACUUUACAACCAAAAUGACAGGGAAGCAUGAUUCUUCACCAACUUCUAAAGCUUACUUAACAGCCAAGGGAACUACUUCAGCCUUUUACUUUCCGGAUGAACUCGUAAGGACCAGUAUCCACCCCAAAAGUGCUUUCAGCACAACUGAGUCAGUGGUCAAGAUUGCAGAGUCCUCCCUAUUCCAAAGUAGCGCACUACCACUGCUUGUUCCUUCAGCUGUAUCACUUACUUCUGUAUUUUCAGCAAAAGUUCCUUUAACGAGUGAAAAAGAAGUAACCCAAACACCAAAAACUGAUACUGGUACAAUUCAGACAUCAUUUUUAACAUCAGCUGAAAAGGCUAGUGACUUGACUUUAAGCAAAAAACCUCUGUUUUCUACCUCUAAAAUUACUGCAGCUUUGUUGCCAUUAUCAACCAUAAAGGAGGAAACACUGGAGUCCUUUCCUACUAAAAAGUCAAAAACUGAUUUGACUACCACAAAGCUGACAUUGACUUCUUCUCAGACGCUUACAGCACCUAGCACACCAUUUCAUGUAUCAGAAUCAACAUCUCCUUCCUUGUCUAUACUGGAAGCACCAAAAACUUCAGUCGUGAGUCAAACAGACUCAGAAGAGGGAGCCUUUUUAACACCAAUAGUAUCAACAGCUUUCACAUCAAUGGGCAAAAGUGCUACAGAGAAGAUUUCAAUUUUGUCGAAGCAAGUGCCACUUUCCACUAUUUCUUAUAGUUCAACAUUCCCUGCAUUUAGAGUGACACCAGCUACCCCACAUUUUACAACUACAACUGAAACAGCACCCAUAGGAAUAAGUGGUCUCACAACACAGAGUGUCACAAAAUCAUUAGCAGAGAAAACAGCAGGAAUAAGAGAAUCCAUAACAACAUCCUUACUUUCAGUGCCUUCUGUUGCUUCAGAUACAAAGAGCAUGAUUCCUGAAAUACCAGACACCCAUGGACAAAUACUUGUUACAAAGCUUCCUCUAUCAACUUCAACUAUGAAACAUUCACCUAUUUCUCCUGCUUCUCUUGGUUCUACCAUCCUAACUAAAGUAUCCGAGACACCAUCUAUAACGGGGGUGCCUACCCCUUCAACAAGCUCUUUGUUAUCAGCAUCAGUACAUCUAAAUGCUACAGUAGCCACACCAGUUCCCACUUAUUUACCUGCCAAACCAAUUUUUGAUUCUACUGCAGAAUAUUCUGUGGGAGUAACCACUGUUGAAACUGUCUCAGGAGUUACAGGUUCAGUUUACAUGCCAUCUAGAGAAACUGCAACAUCACCAACAUGUAUACCGAUCACAGAGAACGAGUGCAUAAAAUACAUUUGCUUAGAUGGACAACUAAUCCAAGUUAACAAAUCACAGAACUGUCCAUACAAUGCAAAACAACCCAGCUGUGGAUUUCUUGGAUUUGCUAUUCAGAUUAAUGGAGAUAAAUGCUGCCCAAAAUGGGAAUGUGCAUGUCGAUGCACAUUUUUUUCUGAUCUCAGCUUUAUCACCUUUGAUGGGCACUACUUGACCUUAUUUAAAGAAGCAUCUUAUGUUGUCAGCCAAACUCAAGAUGAAACUAUAAGUAUCUAUGUUAAGGACUGCAGAAAUACUCAUAUGGGCAUUUUAACCUCUACUAAGCUGUGCCUAGCAAUGUUGCAUUUAACAUAUUUGUCUAACCAGAUUAUCAUUGACCGCUUAAACCGAAAGAUAGCUGUUAACUCAAGAUAUGCAUGGCCUACUAUUAGAAAAUACGGAUUUAAAAUUGAGGACACUGGCUUCAUGUAUACUAUUGAAACCCCAGCAAAUAUUAGAAUUCAGUGGUUUCAUACCACUGGUGUGAUGGUAAUCGAGCUUAAUGCAACCACUGAUCCAAAAGCAAUGGGACUGUGUGGUUUCUGUGAUGGAAGCUCAACAAAUGACCUCAUGCUACCUAACAGGACUGUUUUAACCACUAGUGAUGCAUCAGUUAUCUUUACAGAUAGCUGGCAGGUGCCAAACUCACUGAAGUAUAUUGGAGAACAGAGAACCCAUGAAACUAACUGUUCAGUCAUGGACUGCUCACCUUGUUUAAAUAUGCUGUUGAACCAGAGCUUCAGCAGUUGCCAUCCUUAUGUUUCUCCAGAUUCCUUUUGUGAGUUGUGGGUCCAAGACAAGGAAUAUAUUCAGAAUCCGUGCAUAGCAUUGACUGCUUAUGUUGCCAUGUGUAACAAAUUUAGUAUCUGCAUAGAAUGGAGGAGUUCCAACUAUUGCUCCUUUCUCUGCCCAGAAGGUUUCUCCUAUAAGGCUUGUAUAUCUGCCUGUGACACACCAAGCACUUGUCAGAAUAUGGAACCAAUACCUCGGGAUUCAGACACUUGCUUAAUACUGACUGAGGGCUGUGUCUGUGCAGAAGAAACCAUCUUUCAUCGUGUUCACUCUGCUCUUUGCAUCCCAGAGGAAAAGUGUGCUUGCACAGACAGUUCUGGAGUUCCCCAUGCACUGGGAGAGACUUGGAAAACUUCUCAGAGUGGAUGCUGCAUACACAAAUGUAUUGACAAUGAGACCAUUGCUCCUGUGGAAUACAACUGCUCAGUUAGUUACGACCUAGAAUGCAAGCGCUUUGGGGAAGUAGCCUUAAUUGUCCCUGAUGAUCAGUCUUGUUGUCACCAGAAAGUCUGUACUUGUAAUCAGAGCCUCUGUGAAACAUAUAUUCCUGAAUGCAAAGGUCUGGAGAAAUUGGCAACCUAUUAUCAACAUGAUUCCUGCUGUCCUAAUUACAGCUGUGAAUGUGAUCCAGCAAAAUGUGAAUCCAUGGAACAAAUUCCAAACUGCAGGGCAGAUCAAACCCUGAUUGCUGCCCAUGUGGAAGGCACCUGCUGUGUAUCGUAUAUCUGUGCAUGUGGUGUUUGCUCUGAUCAAAUUCCCGAGUGUCAAGAAGGAGAGGUCCUUACUGUGGAUGGCAAUACUACUGACAGAUGUUGUCCUGCUUACCAGUGUAUAUGUGAAACCUAUCGUUGUCCAGAAUUUAAGUGUGUAUUAGGGAUGUCCUUGGUAGAAGUGUGGAGUCCAGAAAAGUGCUGUCCAUAUCGUACAUGUGAGUGUGCAUGUGACACAAUUCCUAAGACUCAGUGUAAACUGGGAGAGAAAGCAAUUUUAGAUGAACAAUUCCAGAACAGCACAGAAAAUAUUUGUCACUGCAUGAAGUACAAAUGUUGUAAAGACAAAGUGUGCCUGAAUGAUGAGAGAGGUGUUCUGCUACCAGGACAGUCUAUUGUUCAACAUUCACCUGAUGGUGUUUGCCACACUUCCUAUUGCACAAGGAUAAUUGAUCCUGUUACCAAGUACUAUCGGAUAAAUAUCUCCACUAUAGAUUGUGCAGCAAGGUGCAAAUCUCACCAAGUGUAUGAAUCUCCAAAAGAUUUAACAACCUGCUGUGGAAAAUGCAAGAAUGUGUCUUGUAUUCAUGCUUUCAGCAAUGGAACCAUUUCACAUUUUAAGCCUGGCAGCACUUGGAUUUCGAACUGUGUCAGAUAUGACUGCACAAACACACCAAUUGGACCUGUUCUAAUUACGUCGUCCAUCAGCUGUCCACCCUUUAACGAAACAGAGUGUGUGAAGGUUGGAGGAUAUAUUGUACCAUUCCUAGAAGGAUGCUGCAAAACAUGCAAAGAAGAUGGAAAAUUCUGUAAAAAGGUGACUGUUAGGAUGACAAUACGCAAGAAUGAUUGUCGAAGUAACACACCGGUAAACAUUGUUUCCUGUGAUGGAAAAUGCCCUUCCGCAAGCAUAUAUAACUAUAAUAUCAAUACAUAUGCAAGAUUCUGCAAAUGCUGCAGGGAACUUGGACUGCACAGGCGAAAUGUGCAACUGUACUGCAGUGGCAACUCAACAUGGGUCAGCUAUACAAUUCAAGAACCCACAGACUGUUCUUGCCAGUGGUCAUGAGACAAUGCUAAAGGAAGUCCGUGUUCUCAACAUCUUUGGAGGAAAUGAAUAUUAUUCCCAGAGUGAUAACAAGAGUAUUGAUAUCUCAUCCUUUAACAAUACAAAUGUCUAUAGUUACAAAAAUCCACCAUUUAAAUAUAAAUAAACACUGUGUUCUGGACUGCUCUACUUAACAGAAUGUUAAGCAAUGAUGUUAUAUUUUUAGAACACCAUCCCACAAGAUAUGUGCUUCUUUGGAACAUUCAGUAUUUGGAGUUUGGUUCAUGCGAUA